CGGAGAUGGUCGGAUUUUCCUUUCGGUGCUAGUUAAUGGUAACGGGUGUUGCGGUUUUUUUCGGUUCUUACGUGCCAUCCCCUUCCCAUAAAAUUUACUGGACCCCCGCGCAGUAAAAGAAGAAGUCUAAUAAGCAAACCAGCACAGAAGAGAGUUGAUUGCCCUUUGUGUUACGCACUUUUUUCUACCAUGAUGUAGUUGAUAAUUGCACUAUAGUGUCGUUCGCGUUACUAACCCUCCCCGUACCGGAAGUGGAAGUCAUCAAGAGAGAAAAUUGCAAAAUAAGCUGUGGAAAAGUUUGAAUCUGCCUUCGACGUGGAUCGGUGGCUGAGUGCUCGGGCAGGUUAGAAAAGCCGGUUGUUGAGUCAAGUGCAACAGGGAGUAUUCCCAUCUGUGAUUGGAAUUGUGAGUUAAUGCAAAUAUCGGCAUCUUCAUCACUCCAUCCAUUGUGCGAUUGUGAGCGGAGAAAAUAGUGUAGCGCAAAACAGCAGUGAAACCGAAAGCAUAGUAGAAUAAGUCGCUGAGUAAGCUCUACUCUAACCACGUUUACCUGAAGUGAACCUAUUUUGUAAUCAACAGGUGUGGUUGCUGACGCGAAUAUCUUUUUUUUUCUGCAGCAAUCAACGAAAGUGUACUUCAGGUGGAAGAAGUUUGUGCUACCAAAACAAGUGCCUAUGCUAAUCGAUAUUGAUUAAUUGGAAGUCCUUGUGACCAUUUUAAAUCGUUUUGUGUAAGGGGGGAAUCAAAUUUUAUAAAGGCGAUAAUCGAGUUGAACGAGUCUGUAGAUACGCAAAUUUUGCGUCAGAAUGGAUCCAUUGAGCAUCGGUUCCAGUGUCCUGAGUUUGCAUCAAAGAGAAAACACCGAGCAGAAUAAAGAUGAUGCAUUCCACGAAAUCAUAGUCAGCUGUCGGUCGCUCAGCAAGUACGAAACCAACAUCCGGUCAGCUUUCCCGCAGAUCUUCUCGGCCAUUAUCGCCGCAGCGUUUCACAUUGUCAUCGGCAUUUCGCUAGCGUACUCGGCGAUAUUGAUUCCACAGCUGGAAGAUCCCAACAGCGACGUGGUAGUAACGAAGGCACAAUCGUCAUGGAUCGCGUCGAUCAUUGUUAUUAUGGUACCCAUCGGGUCCCUCUUCGCGGGAGUGAUGAUGGAGUUCCUUGGCCGGUUGAAUACCAUCAAGUUGGCAGCGAUUCCCUGCAUAUUGGGCUGGAUAGCGAUCGCGUGUGCGAAUAGCUUCACGUGGAUCAUGGUCGGUCGGGUGUUGACCGGUUUUGCCUGUGCCAUUGGAACGAGUCCGGCGAUUGUAUACAUCACCGAAGUUUCCCGGCCAGAUAUGCGAGGAUCAUUGAUCUCGUCCGGACCGACCAUUGCUUCCCUAGGUAUGGUGAUCGCGUACACCAAAGGUGCUUUUAUGAACUGGAGGCUCGUCGCUUGGAUCAACAUAGUCUACACCAUAGUUCCUGUUGUACUUAUUCAAUUUUUGGUACCUGAAUCUCCCGUUUGGCUGGUUUCCAAGGGACGCAUCGAGGAUGCCGGUCGAUCACUUCAGUUCCUGUAUAAAAAGUAUCCUCAACCGGAUCAUACGGAUCAAUCCCUGUCCGAGAUGCACUUGAAUGCUUUGAUCAAGGAACGGGAAUCCAAAAUUCGAGAAGCGGAGAAAAGUCUCGAAGCAAACCAAUCCAGGUUCCGUGGUUUCCUAAAACCCACCGGGUACAAACCGAUGAUCAUUUUGUUCUGGUUCUUCCUGAUUCAGCAGUUCAGUGGGAUCUACAUAACAUUGUUCUUCGCAGUCACCUUUAUGCAGGACGUCGGUACCGAGGUGAACGCCUAUAUGGCGUCGAUCUUUGUCGGUUUGACUCGUUUCAUGAUGUCUCUGCUCAACGCAUGGCUCCUGAAGAGGUUUGCACGCCGACCUCUGGUGAUGGUGUCCACUACGGGUAUGGCCGCUUGCAUGUUCGUGUCCGGAUUGUUUACCAUGUGGAUCAAGGAUGGAACCACUACGCUGACCUGGAUUCCAGUGGUUUGUUUGCUGCUGUACGUUUGCUCUUCCAUGGUUGGAUUGUUGACGAUCCCUUGGACCAUGACUGCCGAACUAUUCCCAACAGAGAUCAGAGGAAUCGGUCAUUCCCUCUCAUAUUCCAUGGCAAAUUUGUUGAUGUUCUUCGCAGUUCAAAGUUACCGAUCAAUGACCGACCUUCUGGGUGGUGCCCACGCGGUUCAGUGGUUCUUUGCUGCGGUCUCGAUAGUGGGCUUCCUGUUUGCGCUCAUCUUCCUACCGGAAACGCACGGUAAAAGUCUGGCUCAGAUUGAAGCCUACUUUGCCGGAGACAGCAAGCGAAAUCCUCAACUCUCCUCAACGAUACAGCAAAGUUAUGUAAGUCAUCGCAGAGCAACGGAGCAUUUGAUCAAGAGUCCCAGUUCCCAUUCGUUCAAGAUUAAGGAGGUGGAAGGGUUGCUGAUGAAGCACAAAGAAGUGGCUUAGAACUAGUACUUAAGCAGAAGAGAGUCUAUAUUUAUCGCACUGCUACUUGAUUUGUAUACUUCAAACAUUAAAUGCAUGCAUGCGUGAUAAGUGUACUUAAGAAGAAAAUCGAUAAGAAUUCGCAACUUUCAUAUUUCAGUAGGAUACGUACUUCACUGUAGACAAAACAACAAAGUAUUAGAAGUAAUUAAAAACACACCGAUGGUUAUUUAUUGUACAACAACGAGCACAGGUUAGAUAUUUGCUGUUAGAUAGUUAUUAAUUCAUAUCACAAAGUUACGUGAUUUGCCCUGUGAAAUUCUAUUUCUAACAAAUUUCAGCACGAUAAAGUGAUUUUUUGUACCGUGAUUUCCUAAUGUUAACAUGUAUAGGAUGAAAACUAGAUGUGAUUUUAUUUCCGCGAUUGUUUUCCCGUCAUUUCCCAUAUUUUGUUUCGGAGGAUAAGAAAAUAAAUAGGGAGCGAUUAAACUUUUUAUUGUAAAAUUGGAUAGUUAACAAUCCGUUCAGUGUAGUAACAGGUGAGCCCAUAUUGGAGAAUAAGAAAUUUAAAUCAGAUGUUGCACUACAUUGAAAUACCGGUAGUAGUCGAUGAUAAGGUGAUGAUGCUUUUGAGUGCUAUACGAUAACAAAUGCUGAAGAUAGAAUAAAGAUUAAGUAGAACAGUAUUUUGUAA